AUGUUCUCCAUCGAUGUGUGCAUGAUCUCUCUCUUUUCUGACCUGUUGGUCGAUCACCCGGGACCCGGCGCCCUGCGAGUGCUCCGGGUCUUUCGUCUCGCUGUCUGGGGAUACCUGACGAGACUUGUGAGCACCUCCCCCCCCCAUGACUAUCUCGCAGAGGAUGAGUAUGAGGCUGUCUUGGAUGAAUCCGAGGCUCAUUGCUUCGUCGGCAGGUGGAGCAUCCUUCAUCGCUUGGCCGAUUGGAAACGAACCUGGGCCCGAAUCAUUGUCGAUGAGGCCCACCAGGGCAAAAAGGAUGAUGGCAAAAUGUUCCAGAAUCUCAUCUGUGGGCAGUCCAACGCGAUAUGUUUCGUCUCAGCAAUUAUCCUCGCCAACUAUAUUAGAGACCUCACCGUCCUCAUCAUAACACUUUACCCUGACAUGGGCGACAUGAUCCUCAUGUACUACCCAAAGUACGACCCGGAGGCCGAGGUCACGACUGUGGCUAAUCGCAAGGUGAAGGGCAUUUUCCAUCCCGCAACGUACCCCGGCAACGUUCUUCCGCCUGGCGCAGCCCGCUUCAGGCUUCACCCCGGCAUCUACGCCACCGUUGGUCGAGACAUGUCGUGGCGCGACGAAUUCGCACAAGUCGUCGUUCCCAGCAUCCUCACCAUGCUCCAGCGCAAGCGGCAGAUGCACUCUCGCCUCCGCCUUCCGGACGACACUGUCACGUUCCCAGCCCGCAACAUGAAGGCAUAUCCGCCUGGCAGGUCAGAGCCCAGAACGGACAGGACAGGUCACAAUCAGCACCAGAGAGCACCGUCGGCAACAUUGGGAACGAGAUUUCGGUUUUUGUUUCGUUGA